AUGGGUAACCAGCAGUCCAACAUCGGCGGAGGCCCCGGGGGCGAUGGAAGGGAUGAUAAGGAUAAGAAGGACAAGCCCAGAUACGAACCACCUCCUCCUCCCACGACUCGUCUUGGACGUAAGAAGCGCAAGGCUGCCGGCCCAAGUACAGCUUCCAAACUCCCCGACAUCUUCCCAACGUCACGAUGCAAAUUACGAUACUUGCGAAUGCAACGGGUCCACGAUCACUUGCUGCUAGAAGAAGAAUAUGUCGAGAAUAUGGAACGUCUACGCAAAACUAAGGCACAGGCAGCACAUGAUUCCGUCAGCAGAAGCGAGUUUGAUAUUAUGGACCGAAAUGCAGACGAGAGGGGUCGCGUCGAUGACAUGAGAGGUACCCCCAUGGGAGUCGGCAACUUGGAAGAGUUAAUCGACGACGACCAUGCCAUUGUUUCCAGUGCUACCGGACCAGAGUACUACGUUUCCAUCAUGUCCUUCGUUGAUAAGGACUUGCUGGAGCCUGGUGCCAGCAUUCUGUUACACCACAAGUCUGUCUCCGUUGUCGGUGUGCUCACCGAGGAGUCCGACCCCCUGGUGUCCGUGAUGAAGCUUGACAAGGCACCGACGGAGUCUUAUGCGGAUAUCGGUGGUCUUGAGACUCAGAUCCAAGAGGUUCGAGAAUCCGUCGAGCUUCCGCUGCUCCACCCUGAGCUGUAUGAAGAGAUGGGUAUCAAGCCCCCCAAAGGUGUCAUUCUCUACGGUGCCCCGGGAACCGGAAAAACGCUGCUUGCCAAGGCAGUCGCCAAUCAAACAAGUGCCACUUUCCUCCGGAUUGUCGGCAGUGAACUGAUCCAGAAAUACCUCGGUGACGGACCUCGUUUGGUGCGACAGAUUUUCCAGGUUGCUGCGGAACACGCUCCUUCCAUUGUCUUCAUUGAUGAAAUUGAUGCCAUCGGUACGAAGCGUUACGACUCAACUUCGGGUGGUGAACGAGAAAUUCAGCGUACUAUGCUUGAGCUUCUUAACCAGUUGGACGGUUUCGAUGACCGCGGAGAUGUCAAGGUUAUCAUGGCCACUAACAAGAUUGAAACACUUGACCCUGCUUUGAUUCGUCCUGGUCGUAUUGAUCGAAAGAUUCUCUUCGAAAACCCAGACCAAAAUACCAAGAAGAAGAUCUUCACCCUGCAUACAUCCAAGAUGUCCCUCGGCGAUGAUGUCGAUCUCGACGAGUUUAUCAACCAGAAAGACGAUCUUUCAGGUGCAGAUAUCCGAGCAAUCUGUACCGAAGCCGGUUUGAUGGCUUUGAGAGAACGUCGUAUGAGAGUGCAAAUGGAGGAUUUCCGCUCCGCUAGGGAACGUAUUAUGAAGACGAAGCAAGACGGAGGCCCUGUGGAAGGCUUGUACCUGUAG